AUGUCUGGGAACCCCUCGAGGACAGCGAGUCCAUCGCCGCAAACUUCUUCGUCCGGCGCACUUGGGCCUCUACCGCGCAUGACCGACUCGACUGCAGGUCCCGGUCCGGGGGCAGCCUCUGCCAAGCUCGCCGCCCUGUCCAUCGAGUCCUACCACCUCGACUCGCCCCCUUUUACAGGCGCAGCCGUCGGCGGCGGCGGGCAGUCGAUGCAGGCGCAGGCAAGCACAGACACUGCCGUAGGCUCUGCUGGUCCGCCACGUAGUCGAAAGACGUCGCAGAAUGCGCACAAUGCGCACUCCAAGGGCGUCAAUCAAGACGUGCCUGGGUGGCAGCUCGAUGACGAUGCUCGCACGCCUGGUGCCGAGCUUGCCCAGAGCUAUUGGCACGAUGCAGGGGGCCUGUCCGCCAAGAGCACCGCUCCGGCUUCCAAUGCGGGCAGACAAUCUCCACACUCUACCGACACGACGAUCGGGUCGGUCAAGAGCCUGACGCGCGCAGGUCUGGCAGAAGUCAUGUCAGCGCCAGUGACGCUCUCCAAUCAAGAGCGACAGGGCAGACCGGCGUACACGCAGACGGAGGAUGUGGAUGGAUUCGGAGAAGAGUCUUCGAGUCAUCCUGCCGAUGCGUAUGAUGAGCUGGACGCCGCCCAGCACGAGCUGGGCGCUGGUUCGCGGGGCCACGUUCCGCGACAAGCGCAGGGCAAGGAACACUACGCAUUUCCGCGUCAUCGUCUACCCACGAGGAUGCGCGACGACAGCAAGGUGCCUCUGGUCAUUGUAGCAUGCGGCAGCUUCUCGCCGCCCACGUACCUCCACCUGCGAAUAUUUGAGAUGGCCAAAGACCAGGUGAUCGAAGAGGGCAAGUACGAGCUGCUGGGGGGAUACUUUUCCCCCGUCUCGGAUUACUACAAGAAGGAAGGGCUGGCCAAGGCUACUCACCGGGUGCGCAUGUGCGAGCUUGCCGUAGAGAGGACAUCGACUUGGUUGAUGGUCGACGCGUGGGAGUCGCUGCAGGACGAGUAUCAGCGCACGGCAGUCGUCUUGGAUCACUUUGACGACGAAAUCAACGGCGGACAGGACGGCGGGGUGUUGCUCGCAGACGGCACGAGACGGCGGAUUCGCAUCAUGCUGUUGGCUGGCGGAGACUUGAUACAGAGCAUGGGAGAGCCUGGAGUGUGGGCAGAACCAGAUCUGCACCACAUUCUGGGUCGCUACGGAUGCAUGAUCGUCGAGCGCACUGGAGCCGACGUUUGGACAUUUUUGCUCUCCCACGAUCUGCUUUGGAAGUACCGACGAAACUUGAACGUCGUGACGCAGGUGAUUUAUGACGACGUCAGUAGCUCAAAGAUUCGCCUCUUUCUUCGGCGAGGCAAGAGCAUCAGGUACUUGUUGCCACAGGCCGUGGUCAGCUACAUGGCGGAGCACCAGCUCUAUCGUUUGCCGGCCGAGGCAGCAACAGAGCCCGUCGAUGCUGACAAGACGCUCAAUCAGUGA